ACCCACUGCCGCCCUAUGUGGAAUACUUUGGACACCAGUUUAAGGGCAUUUCCAGGGCAGAGGGCUUUAAAUGCCAGCCUACAGUUGCUCCGCACCAGUUGUUCCCCGCACGUCUUCCGCUCAUCACAACACAGGCCAAGGACGAAGGAAGCCACAUAACAAAACACGCUCCAGGCGCAGGACUUGACCACCACGCUUGCAAGCUCGGGAUCAAAUACGUUGUUCGAUAUGGAGCUUUUCGAGACCAACCCUUACUUCUUCCCAGACCAACGCUUUUACGAAGGCGGCGACAACUUCUUCCCCGCUCGUCUGCCCGCCGCUUACGACCAAACCGGGUUCCAGGACAAGAACUCCGCCAUGGGCUUAUGCGGGACUCUUACAGGGGGAGUCGGGGCCGUCCAGCCUGAGGAUAAACCCUCGCCGUCCGGCCUGUCGCCCCACUCCGAGCCCCAUUGCCCGGGUCAGUGCUUGCCGUGGGCGUGCAAACUCUGCAAACGAAAAACGGUGACCAUGGACCGUCGGCGAGCGGCCACGCUGAGAGAAAAGAGACGUCUGAAGAAGGUCAACGAGGCCUUCGACGCUCUGAAGAGGAGCACCCUGAUGAACCCCAACCAGAGGCUACCCAAGGUAGAGAUCUUACGGAGCGCCAUUCAGUACAUCGAACGAUUGCAGGCCCUGGUGUCGUCCUUCAAUCAACAAGACACCGAGAUGGGAAUCUACCGGGCCGGACAGAACCAGCCUAGAGUGUCGUCGUCAAGCGAGCCCAGUUCGGGCAGCACCUGCUGCAGUAGCCCCGAGUGGAGCAGCACGCCGGAGCAGUGCACGCAAAGCUACAGCAGUGAGGAGCUUCUGAGUGCUGCUGAUUCUCCGGAGCAGACCCUGAGUUCCAUCGUGGAGGGCAUGGCCGCCACAAACGGGGCAGUCGGCUUUCCGGUGGACAUUCCCAAAUGAGAACUUCCACUGAGCGGACCCAGAGAGAAAACACUGUGCCUUGGACACGAUACCAUCAGAAAAACAGGCUGUUACAGUGGUACCUCAAUUUCCGGAGAUGCUUUCGUACCAUGAUUUGUCACAUAAUGAAUCGUAUUUCACUUGUAAAUUAACUUAUUACCUUCCGAGCAUGACUAAAACACGUCAUUAAAUUAUAUAAAUUGGCUAUAAACUGAACAAUAGGGAAUAGUGAUUCUCAUGAAAGCUAGUCAUUACGGUACCAAAGCUAGCUUAAAAUAGCAAAAUACUAUGAUGACUCAGCCAUUUGUUUUAAUUGAAAGUUUGAGCUCCGUAAUGUUUUAUUUACAGUAAAAUACAGAAUCGGAAAACAUGUAAUAUUACACAUUGUGAUAGCCUAUGAUAAAGAAAAGGGAAUAUAAAUUUAACUAUGAACAAUAUCAAAACAGGCUAAAAAAUCUUACCUUUUAAACAUCUAAUUAUAUGUUUUUAGACAUUAAUCAGUAGGCAUUUCACUGUAAAUAAAAAUAUUAGGGAACUUAAACUGUUGGUUAAAAAAAAAUGACAGAGUCAUCAUAGCAUUUUGCUAUUUUAAGCUAGUUUUGGUAAAUGUCCUUCAUUACUGUAUAGCAACAAGUUAAGAUUGUUUGGCCGUUUUUUUUUUUUACAUUUUUUUAUUUUUUACAUAUGGGUGAUUCUCAUUAAAGUUAUUACAGUAAUGAACUGUUGGUAAUCGACAGUUUGAAUUAGGAAUAAAAACUUAACUAUUAGCAAUAUCAAAACAGGACAAUCUUACCUUGUAGCCAUCUUUUGUCUUGCCUCCUUCGUAGUGCAUUAUGGGUCAGAAUGGCUUCAUUUAAAAAAAAAAAAAAAAAACUGGACCAUGAACACAGUACAACGGUAAUGAAAGCUGCAUGCUUGGACAUUAAAUUGCCCUUCAAAAUUUUUAAGGAAACCAUUAUAUCUUAUAAUCUGCCAAAUUAUAUAGUUUUAUACAAAUUUAUAUUUUUUUCAUGAGAUUUAUUGAAUAUUUAUAAUGCUGUAUUGAGGUGAAAAUAUCAAUGGUUUUCAUGGACACAUUAGUUACAUUACACAUUAGAAUUGUUGACUCUAAAAUCAAUAAAAAAAUAAAAAAAAACAUACGACAUACUAUUUUAUGCCGCAUAACAUCUUUCAACUAACAAUUUCAACUAAAAUCUUCAAAGACAAAUUUUAGCUUAGCUUAGCUUAGCUUUUCUUGGACUCAUUGCAGUCGUGAAUUUACAAAAGAAAGAAACGUAGGAAAUACUAUUUUGUGACAAAUGGUGGAUUAAUAUUAGACAUAACCAUCUUCCAACUAAAAAUUGAAGGUUUUUAUGACUAUCACUAAAAUCUUCAAAGACAUAGUUUAGCUUAGCUUAGCUUACCUUUUCUUGGACGCAUUACAGUUGUGAAUUUACGAAAGAAACAAACCUAGAAAAUACUAUUUUGGUAACAAACGGUGGGCUAAUAAUAGAUAUAACCAUCUUUCAACUAAUAAUUUCAGGUUUUUAAUGAUUAUCUCCCUAAAUUCUUCAAAGACAUAGCUUAGUUUAGCUUAGCUUAGAUUUUCUUGGACACAUUACCGUCAUGAAUUUACAAAAGAAACAAACAGAAAAUACUAUUUUGGUAACAAAUAGUGGACUAAUAAUAGACUUAACCAUCUUUCAACUAACAAUUUCAGGUUUUUAAUAUUUAUAUUACCUGAAAUCUUCAAUGACAUAGUUUAUCUUAGCUUCUUGAGAAUCACCUGAAUGCAAAAACAAAAUGCCCUUAUACUGUACUGGCAUUAUACCAAAAAUAGAGUCAAUAGGAUAGCAUUACUGAAAAAGAUGGUAAAGAUUCUGAUCGAUAGGGCAGCAGAAUUUUAUAGCGCAACUUUUAGAAUUUUCUGCGGGCGGGAAUGAUCUAUUACAGCAUGUAUUAUCUUGGUGGAAUCAUUUUAUAGCGUGAAAUGCAGAGAAAAAAACCCUUUUGUAAAAUGAAUUUUUCCAGUACUGAAGCGUUCGUAUCUUGAGGCACCACUGUAUUUUUGUAUCUAAAUCACAAUUGACCUCGACGGUUACUCCUAUUUUGAAAGAAUUCCACUUUAUUUCCUUGAUUGGGAUUCAGCCAAAAGUCUGCAGUUUAACAGACACGGCCUAGGUUUUCCUCCUUACUUAAUUUAAGCUUUUCCAAACCUUUCCCUUCUCUUUCAUUCUUGUUUUGCGUGUGUUUUGAUGCAGACAAAGAACAGUGAGUUUAUUUGUGGGGCCAACAUGUACCGUGGCAGUUUUUUUGACCAAGAUCUGCUUAAUUUGAAACUGGUUAUACGAAUGCUAGUGAUGUAAAUACGUUCCCUUUUUCUACAGAGUGGGUUUUGCCAGUUUAUUUUGUAUUGUUUUUUUUGUUUUGUUUGAUUGUUUUCGCUAACUUAUUUUUGGGAUUUUUAUAACAAAGAUUGUUGUGUAUUUGUAGAUGUUUGGAAAUUUCCUGACCAGUCCUUGCAAUAAAGACCAUUUUGAUUAUUCUUGCUGUGGAAGCGUGUCAUUUGCAUCACAAGCAACAAAACCACUGUUGUUGUUGUCGUCAGUAUUGACGAUUGCGAAAAUAUUUCACUGCCGAACAAUUUUUUUCCAUUUUUUUCAUCGUAUAAAGAAUGAUGUUCUUCAAGCCAGGCCGUGCUCUAGGCUUACUUGUUUUUAACCACAUUUUUUCUUAUCUUGGCAAGAG